CCUUUCUUUAUUAAAUUCAAAGUUUAUUCACAAAAAAUCGAACGGAGAUUUAAUGUUUAAAUAAUUUUCUUUCUUUUCUAAUAAUAAAAUUUAUCCCAUCUAUUGAACACCUAAUAUAAAUAUCUUUGCGGAAAGGUUGGCAGUUUUGAUUCAAUAAAGUUUUCAAAGUUUUUUCGGAUUUUUUCCACUAUUUUAAAAUGUGUAGCAAGAUAAUGUUAGGACAUUUGGAUUAAAUGAAUAGGGACAUUUGGAUUAUCUGAAACGUUUAAAUCUGAAACAAAAAAGAAUUUUCUAUGGCCGAAAGCAUAGAUAAUACCUUUCGCCUUCUUUGCGGCCGAAUGUUGUGCUGCAAAUUAAAAUUUCCACUCCGAAAUCUCUCAAAAUAAAAUCUUCUGGUUUUGCAUGUUUUAUGAGUCACCAGAACUCAUCUAAAGAAAUAAUGGAUAAAAGUCAUAUAUCCAGUACAAAACAAAUUAUUUCCGUGGCUUCAGCAACAUUAUUUUUUUUUUAAUAAAAUGCAGACAAAAUGCAAUGCCUUAAAUACUGCUUUUCGGACACUUAUCGGGUGUUUACCGUUGUUUUGUGAAGUUAUCUAUUUCGCCGAAGUAUAUAUGUUUUAAAAACGAAAAAAAUCCACACUUGCAAAAAGAUGGGAAAAUAUUUAAUUUUAAAAUGGAGUUAUCAACUACUGAAUGUAAAUGCAUUGAGUUAAUUUGCACAUCUCUAUACAUUUUUGAACCUACGUGUAUUAAGAUUUAACGCUAAAUUUGUCCAAUUUUAGCGAAGCAAAUAAUAAUUAUUUUUAGUUUAUGACAUUUCUCACAACUGAAUACAGUUUGGAUCUUCUACUCAAGAUUUUGUCAUUUGCAAUACCUUGCAUGGUGUUUGUCUUAAAAUACGUUUCUUUUUGCAUUGGUAGUAAUUCAGUGAAAGAUCUCAUGGAGAGUGUUAUAAGCGAUUGGAAUUUGUUAAAAACCGAUGCCGAGUUUGAAAUUAUAAAAAAACAUUCCAACUUUGGGCGACUGUAUGGGUUGUUCUUUGCAUUAGCUGUGUACUGUGGUUUAUUUUUUUAUUCGUUGAUUCAAUUUUCACCAAAUUUUCUCGACAUUAUAUCACCACGAAAUAAAUCACGAUUACAUAACAUACCACUAGCUGCAGAAUAUUUUAUCGAUCAACAGGAAUAUUAUCUUCCGAUUUUAUUGCAUAUCGACAUAAUAGCUAUUGUAGGAUUUACUACUGUGAUUUCUACUGAAUCCUUAAUUACAGCAUACAUACGACAUGCCGUAGGAAUGUUUGAAGUUGCCAGUUACAGAAUAGAACAUGCGUUUGAUGAAGUAUUGGGCAUAAUGACAUCUCAAAAAUGUUGUUCAUAUUGCACAAAAAUAAUAAACGCCGUUCACAUUCACAGAAGAGCUACACAAUUCAUCGAGUUUUUAAGAACCACUUUUGUUAUUUCAUACUUUUUCUUAGUCUUUUUGGGAGUAACUUCUUUAACGGCUAAUUUAAUUCGUUUCUUUUUAGCUACGCAAUAUCUGAACAAUUUAGAAGAAUGUAUUACUGCCUUGUUACUUGUCCUUGGUCAUAUUUAUUAUAUAUUUUUUUGCAAUUACACUAGUCAGAAAUUAAUAGAUCAAAGUAUUGAUGUAUUCUAUAAAACAUAUAUGUCACAAUGGUACGAUGCUCCACUCCAUACACAAAAGUUACUAUUAUUCAUGAUGCAACAAGCUAUUAAAGGUACUGCCAUGUCCGUGGGUGGUAUAUUUGUCGCAUCGUUGGAAGGUUUUGCGACUAUCACCAGUACGUCAGUCUCAUACUUCACAGUAAUUUAUUCUGUUAAAUAAUAUCAAAAGUCAUAAUUAUAAAUUCAGUCAUAUAUAGCAGUACACGUUUUAUACUUAAAGAUUCUAAACUCUGAAACACACAUUUAUGAUAUAAAAUAAUUAUAAAAAGAUGUCUGUAAAAACCGUACUAAUCCAAUAAAUAUAAUAUAUCAAUCAGAAAAGCAAAUAUGUAGAAAAAAAUGUUUAACAGUCAUUACAGUAAUACAUUUUUUCUUUGUUCGUAACUGCGAUGUAUCUAUAACACGAAGAGAAGAAUUGAACGAAACAGUGGCAUAUUUCGAUUAAUAUAAAUUUUAUAUGGCAUUCUUAACUAAUUGAGUAUUAACAAAUUUGCAUAAUGAUGUAGGUUUAUUCAAUUUUAAAUAUAUUGCGUCAUUGUACAUGAGCAGAUAUGCUGCUCAGGAUGUUGAAAAGCAUGAAAAACAUCUUCCAGCAGUAUGUUUAUCCCAUCAUCCAAAAUAAUGUAAAUACACUAGUAAUCCGAUAUAACUUUGAGCAAAGAUGCGAGGUGAACACUUUAUGUUGCAGUUUAGCAGCUUGUCGCCGUCUUAUGUCAUGCUAAUUUAUUCUAUACGUUCGUAGUGUGCGCUUUUGCAAAGAAAGUUGUAACUAAUUUGCAUUAAUUUAACACGAAGAUGAUCAACUCUGCAGCUCUGUUUUGAAAUGGCGGAUGUUGUAAUUAAUGCUACGCAUAUGAUGGAAACUUAUCAGCUGAUAUUAUUAUAUUAUCAUAACAUAUAUCUUAAUGAUUUUAAUAAAUCCAAUAUUAUUAAUAAUAUUAAUAACUCAAUAACUAUAAUUUUAGUAGAUUAGAAUGAAAGAAAAUUAUGUGUAAAUGUACAAUAAGAUUACUGCAUCUGUUUUCGUAACAAUAACAUUUAAGUUGAUAAAAUAGAAAAGUAACAAAUUAUAAUUUACUAUUUAAAUAAAUCAAACUAUAGAAUUUGUUUAGUGAACUA